AUGAAUUAAACUGCUCCAGUUCUCACUAUAUAAAAAAGGAAUUACUUACUAUGCGCUUGUUUAGCCUCCAUUUUUGGAGGACAUUAAUUAAACCUACCACCCAAGGUGUACGUUAUAUAGGUAGAAUUCAUCUUAAGGAUUAGGUUAUAAUUUAAUUAGCAGCUGUAAUUCAAACCUACCUCAUUGCAAAACUUGUCGAUAACUACGUUGUUGUGUUAGUAGUACCUGCAUUUAUCAACUCGAUACUUUAGAUCAUCAUGAAUUGUUUCAUAGGGGAGUAGCAUCGCAAGUCAGGAACAUUGGUUGGAAUGUAGAUUGGAUUACUGUUAUUUUAAACUUUAGGAACUGCUUCAGCUAUCAAAUAUGAAGGAACCAUUAUUGACGUAGUUGUAUUUUUUUUCUUGUUUCCUCGUGAAUAAAAUGUUGAACUUGGAUUUACUCAAAUGGAAUCAUACUCCAGAUCCAGUUACGCUCUCUUGUUUCUAACGCUGAUUCUAAUUUUGACUCAUGUAAAUAGAAUGAUCGUAGCCAACAUAAUCAGGUACAUCUAUUAUUUCACACCAAUACUCAUUUGGAUGGGGUUGUUUGGAUAGUUUUCCCAAUUGUAUGUAUAUUUAAGAAUUGAAUUAGUUUAGAGUAUGUGGGUGAACAAUUCAAUUUUCUAAUGGGAUCUUCCUAUCAAUCAAGUCAGAAACGCACAUAUUUGACAGUAUUAUUAAAUGUUGCAUUGAUUGCCAUUUGUUUAGGAUUUUCAUACCUAGAUGAGAAGAGAAUUGCAAUAAUUAUAAGUGGUUGUUUGAUAAACAUCAAAAUGUUCAACAUUUUUGGAUCCGUAAAUGAAGAUCAGAAACAAAUUUACAAGCAGCAGAACCUUGAUAGAUCAUAUCUGUGUUACAAUCUACUAAGUUCAUUUUUGAAUACAGUAUUAAUCAUUUUAUGCGGGACUUUGGCAUCCUCUUACUAUAAGGAAUUAUAUUAUGCUAUUAUUAUUCUCUUUGUAAUCUACAUGAUAAUUCAAUUCAAAUUUCAAUAAUAUGUGAAAUACUAUAAGAUCUUUUAUGCUGCCAUUGAAUGUGCUUGUAUAUCCAUGAUGGAUUAUGAGUUCGAAGGCAUCUUCGCUUAAAGGUUGUUUGAAUGUACGACUAUAAUCAGAUUGUACAGUCUGAUCCACUCAAAUCCAACCUAUUUAUUUUUUGAAUAAUUAGUGUGUUUUAUAGUUUCAUUCACCACAAGCUAUUCGAUGGCCUACUGUUAAUUGCUUGGGUUCUUGGUGUAGAUAGCUUUGAGAUUUGGAUUAAGGCUGAAAUCUCGAUUUGUAAUAUGGAUUAUAGCAAAGUAACUUUCAAUUAAAGUAGAUUAGUUAUAAGAUGUUGACAGUGAGGAAGUAGAAAGUAAAUGGUGCAGCACUUAUAACAUCUUUGUAAUUAUUGAUGUGUCCAAUAACAUUCUGUAUUAUGCUUAUUUCCAGUAUCUUAGAUAGUCCUUACAUGCCAUUUUUGGGAUUGCCCAUUUUCUAUUUUGCAUCUUUGAGACCUUUUAGAAAUACAAUCCAUAUAUAGAAACACUUGAGCAAUUCAACAGAGGGCUAAAUUUACAAUUUCUAUUUGAAUUAGUCAUACAAUAGUUUAUUGGGCUCUCAACCUUUGUGGAGUCAUUAUUUAAUACGAAUAGGGAAAUACCUGGGGAUAGUGUAAGUCUUAGAAUAUUAAGGAGGGUACGCAGUCAUUUAAUUUAAGGGUUUGGAAUCCUAGGAAACUACAUGCUGUCAUGGAAUAGAAGCAAGAGAAAUUGAUAGAUUGGUUGAUGCUUAAGAUUGUGGAUCAUAUUUUGGAAGUGCCUUAACAUUACAAAAUCAAUUCUCAGUUAAAAGUUAUGAGGAAAAUUAGUUCAUUUUAACAGGGACGAUAGAAGCCACUGAUUUUGUGAGUGGAUUCAAAAAGAUAUAUUUAAAGAUGUUAUGUUAUUAUUUUGCUUAAGAAUUAAAUGAGACUAAAAAGAAUUCCAUCAUUGAAUUAUCGAAGAGAUUUGAAGGUUAAGAACAUCCAUUUCCCAAUUAGUUUGCAGAUUUAAUUUAGUUAUAAACUAAAUUUGAAUCAUUUAGAAUUGAAACCUAAGAAUAAGAUGAGGGAAUGAAAUAAUAAAAUACAUAGCACUCUAAAAAACAACUUCUAUCCAUUAGGGAUGAAGUCACUAAUAUUUUAGAAGAAUUAGAUGAUGAAUUUUAUUCACAAAAUUAGAAUUUACAUCAAUAAUAAAAGAAGAAUUUUAAUCCUUUAUAGAACAAUAAUCUCUCUUAGCCUGGAGGAUUUUAUAAUCACAUCUAGAGAACUAUUUUGUAUAUUUAUUAAGUUUCAUUGGGGGAUUUAGAUUUCAAUUUUGGGGGUCGAAUAAAUUAGAUAGUGUUGUUUAAUUUAUUCUAAAAUUCGAACAGUCUGUUUGAAAAACCACAAAUGAGGGGAGUUGAUGAAAUUCUAUCACAGAUUGCCACAAUAGCCAUCAGAUCUGCUUUGAAAAUAAGCCUAGAUUUUUACUCCACUGAAGGUCAUUUGAUAAUUGAUGAUGCUCAAUUGUUGUAAGAAUUGAAGGGUAUGAGUGAGUGUUUUGUUGGAAUGGGCAGUGAUGAAGGUUGGUAAAAAGCCAUGAUUAGUAAUUUACUGCUCUGGUCUUUGAGAUACGAUGUUAUUAACAACUAGUUGAAGGUCUAUCGAUAAUCAUUUACUGAUAUAUAGUGUUAAGUGUUCCGAUUUGAUAGUGAAGUGGUUCGGGGAAUAGAAGCCAAUUUAUAGAUGGAAAUGCUGUUUGCCACCAAUGAUGAUUGCGAACGGUAUAUAUACGAAUGAUUAAGUAGAUAUUCUAUUUAAACACAUGAGUAGUUUUUUAGAAACAUUAUCAUAGAGGGUUCUGAACUCCCUUUAGGAUAUGCUCCCUUCUAUUCGGGACCAGUAGUAAUUAGUUUAAGAUGAAUUAUUUCUUAUUUUUAUAUAUUAAAAAUACUAAGUGAUGUAUCAACAAAACUAAGUUAUGUAUCAAUAAUAGCAACCUCCACCUCAAUAACAUCGGGAUUAUAAUGUUCCACCACCUGGUAAGUGAGUAGUUCAAUUCUGUAUCUUAGGGUACAAGGCUCCUCGCUACCCCAGAGAAGAGUUACCUGAGAAUUAAGAGUAGAACCUAGACUUGGGUGGUUCCUAUUAAUCCUACCUUUACAAUUGUGGAGAAUGCUGUGGUAAUUGCAAAGCUGUUUGUCCCUGUAAUCCCUUUGUGGAAUAUCCCUAUGUGUAGGUAGAGCAAAGUUUUGUUGGAGUGUAUUUACGUUUUGGAAAGUAUAUCAAGACAGGUAACACCUAUGUUUAAUGGAAGUUCAACCUGGAUUAAUAUACAUCAAUCCUUGUACUGAUAGAAUUCAGAAGGUGGAUUGCAAGGUUUAGAUGAUUGAUUGUCCUAGACAACAAGUGAUGACUAAAGACAAUAUUUUGGUGAGCAUCGAUGCAACUGUUUAUUACAGGAUAGUGAUCCCAAGACGAUCCAUAUUUUAUAUCAACGAUCUCCAUUAAGCAGUUACUCAAUUAACAUUGGCCACUAUCAAGAGCAUAGCUGGAUCCCACACUUUAUAGGAUCUGUUGGAGAAGAGAGCUGAGGUUUAAUAGCAAAUUGAAGGAUUCGUAGAUGAACAUGUAUGGGAAUGGGGUAUUGACAUAGAGAACAUGUUGAUUAAAGAUAUUUAGUUGAAUGCUGAUUUGUAAAACACAUUGUCCAUGGCAGCCAAGGAACAAAGAGCUGCUUAAGCGAAAGUCAUAUCUGCUUAAGGUGAUGUGUAAUCAGCAAAACUUAUGAGAUAAGCUGCGGAACUACUAGAUUCAAAGGCAGCUAUGUAAAUUAGAUAUCUUGAUACAAUUACUACUUUGGGAUAGUAAGGAUCCACUAAAGUAGNAGUGAGUGUUUUGUUGGAAUGGGCAGUGAUGAAGGUUGGUAAAAAGCCAUGAUUAGUAAUUUACUGCUCUGGUCUUUGAGAUACGAUGUUAUUAACAACUAGUUGAAGGUCUAUCGAUAAUCAUUUACUGAUAUAUAGUGUUAAGUGUUCCGAUUUGAUAGUGAAGUGGUUCGGGGAAUAGAAGCCAAUUUAUAGAUGGAAAUGCUGUUUGCCACCAAUGAUGAUUGCGAACGGUAUAUAUACGAAUGAUUAAGUAGAUAUUCUAUUUAAACACAUGAGUAGUUUUUUAGAAACAUUAUCAUAGAGGGUUCUGAACUCCCUUUAGGAUAUGCUCCCUUCUAUUCGGGACCAGUAGUAAUUAGUUUAAGAUGAAUUAUUUCUUAUUUUUAUAUAUUAAAAAUACUAAGUGAUGUAUCAACAAAACUAAGUUAUGUAUCAAUAAUAGCAACCUCCACCUCAAUAACAUCGGGAUUAUAAUGUUCCACCACCUGGUAAGUGAGUAGUUCAAUUCUGUAUCUUAGGGUACAAGGCUCCUCGCUACCCCAGAGAAGAGUUACCUGAGAAUUAAGAGUAGAACCUAGACUUGGGUGGUUCCUAUUAAUCCUACCUUUACAAUUGUGGAGAAUGCUGUGGUAAUUGCAAAGCUGUUUGUCCCUGUAAUCCCUUUGUGGAAUAUCCCUAUGUGUAGGUAGAGCAAAGUUUUGUUGGAGUGUAUUUACGUUUUGGAAAGUAUAUCAAGACAGGUAACACCUAUGUUUAAUGGAAGUUCAACCUGGAUUAAUAUACAUCAAUCCUUGUACUGAUAGAAUUCAGAAGGUGGAUUGCAAGGUUUAGAUGAUUGAUUGUCCUAGACAACAAGUGAUGACUAAAGACAAUAUUUUGGUGAGCAUCGAUGCAACUGUUUAUUACAGGAUAGUGAUCCCAAGACGAUCCAUAUUUUAUAUCAACGAUCUCCAUUAAGCAGUUACUCAAUUAACAUUGGCCACUAUCAAGAGCAUAGCUGGAUCCCACACUUUAUAGGAUCUGUUGGAGAAGAGAGCUGAGGUUUAAUAGCAAAUUGAAGGAUUCGUAGAUGAACAUGUAUGGGAAUGGGGUAUUGACAUAGAGAACAUGUUGAUUAAAGAUAUUUAGUUGAAUGCUGAUUUGUAAAACACAUUGUCCAUGGCAGCCAAGGAACAAAGAGCUGCUUAAGCGAAAGUCAUAUCUGCUUAAGGUGAUGUGUAAUCAGCAAAACUUAUGAGAUAAGCUGCGGAACUACUAGAUUCAAAGGCAGCUAUGUAAAUUAGAUAUCUUGAUACAAUUACUACUUUGGGAUAGUAAGGAUCCACUAAAGUAGUAUUGCUACCAACCGAUUCUAAAUGA